AGGGCUCCUCCACACUCCCCCGCACGCCUGGCCUGGGCUGGCCGCUUCGCUUCCCUGCGUCUCCCCUCCACCGCGUCGCGUGGGCCGUCUGCGCUGCGAGGGCUUCAAAUGGCCCUCUGCGCCGUCCCUUCCGUCUAGCGCCCUGCCAUAAUGCACACCCAGCCAUCUUCUGAUCCUCCUGACACCUCCAACAUGAAGGUCAAGCUGGAGAUCCCUAGGCAGCAGGCCAUGGCGUCGUCGCGGUCCCUGCCGCGGAGCGCAAGCGAGCUGCCCGACCCGCCGUCGCCGUUCAGCUCCAACCCGGCGCACCACCCAGUCUCCAUUCCGACCACGCCCGGGCUCUCGUCGUCGUCGUGCUCGUCGUUCGGCCGCAUGCGGUCACCGCCCACCGACUCGCCGCCGAUCACGCCCACCAAGCAGCAGGGCGGCAAGCCCAAGCCGACGCCGGCGGCCGCCGCCGCCGCGUACUACGCGUCGCUGUGGUCGCCCAGGCGCCUCAUGCAGCGCUGUGCCCGCGCCUUCCGCCGCAGCAGGUCACGCGGCGGUGUCGUUAGGACGGUCAAGGACCUCGCCGAGGAACGGGCGGCGGUGCUCGCCGCCAGCAGCAAGGUCUCCGACGCGGCGUCGGCGGUGCCGCCGCUGCCUCCUGGUGUCGAGACCGCCAGCAGCAACGGUGCCCGCGGCGGCAGCGUGGAGGAUAAGCAGCGGCAGCGCCACGACGACUGCCACCCCGAGGUCGUUCCCGAGAAGAUCAUACGGGAGGACGCGCCGCCAGUUGUUGCGGAGACCGCUGCCGCCACCACCACCACGGAGGUGGAGGUGGAGGUGGAGUCCCCCAAGAAAGGAGCGGCGCCGGUGCCAGAGCCCAUCGUCGUUGUCGCCGCAGUGGAGGACGUGGUGGCGGACAAGUUCGUGGCGGUGGUGAAGGAGGCGAUCAAGAAGCCGGAGAUGGACGAGAAGGAGGUGGCGAUGCGGAGAUUCCUGGGCAGCCGGGUGAAGACAGCGAUGGAGCCGCGGUCAGAGGCGGAGCAGCCGCGGCGCCGGGAGGUGGCGCGGAGCAACGACGUGAUCGAGGCGGCACGCACCAAGCUGAUGCAGAAGCGCCAGUGCAGCAGGGUCAAGGCGCUCGUCGGCGCCUUCGAGACUGUCAUAGACACCCAGAAGGACGCCGCCGCCGGCAGGCCACAACACAUCUACCGCAAGUCAGCUUAAAACAUACUGCGGCGGCGGGGACGCAUCGAUCCUCCACGCUUCGUGUCUUCGCCUUAAUUAAUUAAUUAAUUGUUAUGAUCAUGUCGGCCAGCCCAACGCCGUAUGCAUGCAUGCACACGGCGCUAAUUAAUCCCUGUUUAUUUACUACUCCGUGAAAUGUAGUUUCUCCGUAUACACGGAGCAGUAGUAUUCUGUAAAGAGGAAAAUGGUGGAAACCGAUGUUGCAUUCUGCAUAAAUUUAUUAAUAGGGCUAGUUUCACAACCUUAUUUUUUCUAAGGGGUUUUAUUUUUUCAAGGGAAUUUAAUUCAUUUUCUCUUGAAAAAAUAGGAUCCACUUGAGAAAAUGAAGUUGUCAAACUAGCCUUUAUAAUUAUAUAAUUCAUCGGGGUUUUCAUCUUGUUUAGAA